AUGUCUACAACCACAGGUGCUUUCAUCGCUGGAGGCAUCGCUGCGUGCGGCGCAGUAACAGCGACCCAUCCUUUCGAGACAGUCAAGAUCAGAUUACAAUUACAAGGAGAACUACAGUCAAAGGAUGUCGCCGUCAAGAAAUACAAAGGUGUCUUCCACGGCGUCGGUGUUAUCCUGAAAAAUGAAGGAGUUCGUGGAAUAUAUCGAGGAAUUGGCUGCGCCUAUGUCUACCAAAUUCUCCUGAACGGCUGUCGCUUGGGCUUUUACGAGCCUCUGAGGGCAGCUUGUACAAAAGUCGUCUUCAAGGAUUCCAACGUUCAGUCUCUUGGAGUCAAUAUUUUCUCCGGCGCAGCCUCUGGCAUCCUCGGUGCCAUGGCCGGCUCUCCCUUUUUUCUCAUCAAGACUCGAUUACAAUCAUAUUCUCCUUUCCUCCCCGUCGGGACGCAGCACAAGUAUCGCAACGCCUUUGACGGCUGGUCACAGGUGUACAAGAGCGAGGGUAUGAAAGGACUAUACCGAGGAAUGGGCGCUUCGAUGGUCAGAACUGGCGCAGGAAGCUCUGUGCAGUUACCGACAUAUUUCUUCGCGAAGAGGAGAUUAAUCCGCCACGCUGGAAUGGAAGAAGGUCUCCCGCUGCACCUCCUAAGCUCUACGGCGAGUGGAUUUGUUGUCUGUUGUGUCAUGCAUCCUCCGGACACUGUUAUGGCCCGUUUAUAUAACCAGCACGGCAAUCUCUACAACGGCAUCAUCGACUGCUUGUGGAAGACUAUCUCUACUGAAGGCUUCUUCUCCGUUUACAAAGGAUUUACUGCUCACCUUGCCCGCAUUCUACCCCAUACCAUCCUGACCUUAACAUUAGCAGAGCAAACGAACAAGUUCGUUCGAGGUAUUGAGACCAGAUUACUACCCAAAUCCAUCUCGGAGAAGAUCUGA